AAUAACAGAUUAUCGGUUUUUUCCUAUUUUGAUGUAUAAUUAUAACUUUACGUAUCAAAAUGUCUUAUAGUUAUGAUGAAUUGUACGAAAAUAUAUGUCGUCUUUGUUUUUCGUACAGUAAAAGUGACAAUAUGGUGAAUUUAAUUGAUGCUUCAAAUAACUUAAGUCCUUAUGCAAAAGCUGUAAUGUUAUUCACAAAUAUGACAAUAGACAAUGAUGAUUUACCAAGAAAAAUGUGCUCAAUGUGUUUAUUUCUAUUAAAACAAGCUAUCAUCUUCAAAAAGAAAUGUGAAUCAACGGAUAAUCAAUUGAAAAAGUUAAAAAGAAUGAGUAAAUCUUUAGAUAGUUUGAAGGAAACAGUUGUUCAACAUUGGAUGUAUAAAUUUUAUUUUCCUAAUGAAUUUGAAAGUAAAACUAAUCAAGAAAAUAAGCCUAAAAGCCAAAAGUUUCAAAGCAAACCAGUAUUGAAUGCUGGCAAUAUUAAAUUAAAUAAACAAAAUAAAACACAGGAUGAUAUAACUAAUAUUGACCUAAGUAUUGAGGAUGGCAAUAACAAAGAUGAUGAUUUACUUGAUACAAUUGAAAACAUGUUUACAACAAAAGAUGAAAUAAUACAGGAUGAUUUUAAGCCAAAGAAAAAGAAAUUAAAACGAAAAGUAGUAAAGUAUAAUCAGCCAGUUAAUAAAAAGUCAAAUGAACAAACAUUACAUUGUAAAUUGUGUAACAGAAUAUUAGCUAACCCUUUGACAUACAAACAUCACAUGCAACGCCACACUGGUUGUGAUUACAUCUGCGAACAUUGCGGUAAAGGAUUCCCAGUAUGUGCAGAAUUAAACAUACAUAGAGUAUCAGUUCACGGUACUGGUCCUUACUUACAAUGUCAACAUUGUCCUUUCAAAGCACCUAGAAAGUUUGAUUUGAUCGAACAUAUUAGAAUUCACACCGGUGAGAGACCAUAUACAUGUGAUAAGUGUGGAUUAACGUUCCGUAGACGUGGUAUAUGGAAGAAACAUGUUAUUUAUCAUAAUGAAAAGAAAGUACAAUGCACACAAUGUCCACGGAAAUUCUAUCAACGUACUGCUAUGUUGGCACAUGCUAAUAAUGUACAUAAUAGGUUAUAUGUUUAUUUAUGUAACAAAUGCGGUGUUACAUACGCUAAGUCAGAAACACUGAGAAGGCAUUUAACCCAAAGACAUGGGAUACCAAGGGAGAUGCAAGGCAAAGUGUUAAGAGUAAAUAAACCAUCUUCAUGUAAUAAUUUAUGUGUUGUUGAAAAUAAUACUUAAGUAAUAAUACUUCUUCUAAUGCCUUUCCAUUACUGGA